CCCGGCCUUGGUUAGCCACGGCCGCCAUGUUUAGAAAACUGCCAAAUCGCUUUGAGGUAUGUCGCAAAAAUGCUAUGGCGUCUCGUGCAGCAGACGAUGUCGAGCCAAAAUUCGAAAAAGUUUUGGAAGGAUUACAAGGUGCAGAAGGUCCCGUGUUUGAUAAAAACGGGAACUUUUUCAUGGUAGCACCAGAUACAGGGGAGAUAUAUAAUGUAAAUCUGCAGGAGAAAAGGGCAAUUCUUCUUUGUAAGCCAAAAAUAGAAGAUGCAGGCGUUCCAGCAGGAUGCCAGUGUGACAAGGAAGGCAACAUUUAUGUUGCAGACAUGCGACUUGGUAUUUUGAAGGUCACACAAUCUGGAUAUUUUACACAGCUGGCGAAGAUAGACAAUGAAGGCAGAAUAAUGCAAGGAUGUAAUGACUGCAUAUUUGAUUAUGAAGGAAAUCUUUGGAUCACAGCUCCUGCUGGAGAAAUUGCUCCCAGCCAAUACAGACGAUCAAUGGAGGAACCCUUUGGAUCUUUAUACUGCUUGACAAAUGAAGAAGUUAUUCGCAUUGAUACUGGUAUUUUCUUUCCCAAUGGCAUUGCUGUGAAGCACAAUGCAUCUGGAAAGGCGGAAAUGCUUAUUGUAGCAGAGACACCAACUAAGCUUCUGUGGGCUUAUGACAUUGAUGGCCCAGGGAGAGUAAAAAACAAGAGAAAGUGGGCAACACUUCCAGGUGAAUUGGAGGGAGGGGCAGAUGGAAUGGACUUUGAUGAUGCUGGCAGUCUUCUUGUUGCCCACUGGGGGUCAGGGGUCAUUGAAGUCUUUCCUCCAGAAGGUGGUACUCCUACAAGGAGAAUUAAAUGUCCCUUCCAACACCCCAGCAAUCUACAUUUCAAACCCAAUUCAAACAUAGUCUAUGUGACAGAACACGACUUCCAUGGUUUAUGGAAGUUUGAUUGGUUGACUUGUGGACAAAAACAGUUUUGUGAAACAUAGUGUCCCAUGCUUAUUGAAAUAAUGGCUUUUGACUAAGAAAAAAGUGCAUCUAAAGAUCAUUAGUGCUAGACUUAUGAGAGUGGUAGCCAAUCACAUUUCACAGAUCUUUAACGUUCUAUAGGUGGUGGGUUAACACACACACACAAAAUCCAGGAUUCUUGACUUGUUCUGAUUCGGAAUUAGUUAAAUAGGGUGGAUUCUCCCUUCACCCACUCCUCCAUUUCUUCUCAAAAAUAAGUCCUCAGAGCCAUAGAUUAAUCAAACAAGACCAGUCCUUUUUAAACUGAGGCAGACCUGGCAUUCAGAAGAAAUGAAAUUCCUUUAAUAAUUCUUCUAAAAUGCUGUCUAAUCCUCUUUUAACUAGCAUAAGCACUUUAUACGUUGGCUGAUCAUCAGCAUGUCAGUAUGUGCUGAGUGCAUGAAUUUUGCAGUAUUUGGUGCUUUACAUUCCAUUUUAUAUAGCUUUAUGAUUUUUAGGUUUCAAUAUAUGAAUUUGUGUAAUUUGGAAAGAAUGAUUUUGAAAUCAGAAUUACAGAUUAUAUAGAUAUAUUGAUAAAUAAAAUUUAUUUUAUGCCAGUA